AUGGCUUUUGGGAGAAGAGCAUCCGGAAGCGCAGCGGCAAGUAUAUGGGCACCAAUACUCGUCACUCUGGCUGUCCUAGGGAUUCUUGCUGCUGCAGCGACAGUAAUCGUUCUGUCACUGAUACCAGUUUAUUUGCCAACCAAAACAAUUUCUCGUAGAACCAACGCAACUACAACAAGAACCACAACAACUAGUACCAGUACGACAACAACAACACUUGCACCUACAACACUGUCACAUACAAUGUUUUCUUUCCUCCAUCGAUCAAUGUCGUACGAAUACUUCGAGUUGUUUGAAAUAUUUGAAUAG